AUGGUUCUUCGGAUUCGGCUGGCGCGCUUUGGCAACAAGCACACGCCUUUUUACAACAUUGUUGUCGCGCAGGCUCGGUCUGCCCGCGGCGCGAAGCCCGUCGAGGUUAUCGGCACUUACAACCCCAUCCCCAAGAAGCCGACGAACCUGUACGAUGACAGUACGCAUGUGCGCCCAUACAAGGAGAUUGCGCUCGACCGAGCCCGGGCAAAGUACUGGCUUGGUGUUGGUGCACAGCCUAGUGACCCAGUGUGGAAGCUGAUGAGCAUGGCUGGCCUCGUUGAGCAGAAGCCCACUACUUUUCACAAGGCAUAA